GAAAACUGAGAUCGCGCCAUGAGGCCUGAAGCUGCAGGACCACGGAGGAUGGCGUCCAUGGAGCGGGAGCCCAAGGCGCUCUCCCUCGACGAGCUCAAGUACGCAAGGGAGGCAGCGCUGUACGUCCUCAGUACGCACUCCUCGGAGGACGCCGUCCGGAUCUUCACCGAGGGUCUCAAGCCAGUGCUCGGCGUCAGGAAGACCUCCAUGGCCGCCGACUCCGAGGAUGAAGACGACGAUGGCUACCAAGACGACGACUUGUUCAACCCGGACGCGUUUCCUGACGAUGACAGCUUCUGCCACCGAUAUGGACGCACCCACGACGAGGAGCGAGACGUUGCUACCGCGCCUUUCUAGUUUAGCUUAUUAGCUUGCAGCAGCUCUGUGUACAUAUAUAGCAUAUGGAUUCUUUUCAAUAUUUAAUUGUUUUAGUAAGAGUUAGUAAGGCUUUU